AUGCAUAUCCACUAUGACUUGCAAAGUAAGAUACACCCCAGUGUUGGUGAAAGUGUUCAGAGUUACAAGACUGGUGUAUUCUGGAGAGUACUCUCCAGAGUACAGAGUGCUCUGUACUCUGGAGAGCUCCUCUCCUCCUCCUCCUCAUUUCAAAACGGACCAAGAUGUUCUCAGCGCCAUUUUGCACUCCUUGAAAGACUGAGAUAUCCCCGUUAUGUGCUGUGGUCCAGUGAUGCUUUCCUGAAGUUCUCCAUCCCACCCGUCACCAAAGGCAUCAGAGUAUAUGAUGAGACGGGAACUGAGGUGGAUACAGACGUCUUUGAAGAAGUAGCACAGCAGCCCAACGCUGGUGUAUUUACUAUCACAUUUGACAAUGAUUCCCAGGGAACAAGUUCGUCCGGCUCUUCCGAGGGGACAACUUCGUCCGCCAGUCCACUGCUUGAUGUCGUAACCAAUUCAGUGCUGGAUCUUUCAGGCUGCCGCCCUGAUGAUACGGUCAUCCUGAAAUUUGUAUCCUGCGACUCUGAUGAUACAGUCAUUCUAGAUGAUGAUUACAGCCCUUCCAGAAAACGGCAGAAGGAAGAUCAAGAUGCCAAACGUUUGGUUGAAUCUGCGCUGGCCAAGAAACCUGAUGGAGACUCUAUUGUCAAGGAAUAUAACUGGACGAAAGGUCUGACUGACUCCUCACGGCGACAGAUGAUUAACAUCCUUGCAGCAGAAAUGACUGAAACUCAUGGGUAAUUCAGAUGUCUUCAGCCUGGUAUGUGUUGAGGUAGCUGAUGAGAUGCCAGUAUUUUGUAAAAUCAGGACUCUUAUUGUGAAAGAUGAACAAGUAAUACUUACUGGCUCUGGUGUAGAAACCAUUUGUUUUGAUGAACAUUACCAUGCAUUUAAAAUUGUGUUUAAGCCAUUACAGGCACUUAAGGUGUUUGAUGUUCAAGAGUUGCUCUACUUCAGACCAGUGGAUGUUCAAAUGGCAUAUGGAACAACAGAUUCCUCCCUUUUCAUAGUUCCAUAUUGCCAUCUAAUGCUGCCUUGACCAGUGUUUUUAGUGUUAAUUCAAAGUUGACGAUUUUUCAUAUGGACCUUUAUGGAUCAUUUAAGUGGCGUUUUAGGCAAAAUUUAAGAUGUUGAUGUUUGCAAUGUAUCCUCUAGGGGGUAAUCUAGGUAGCAGGAUGCGAUGGCCUUAAGGAAUUUGGCUGUUUGUAUGAAAUUUAAUUUAUGAAACCCAACUUGAAUAUUUGAUAACAGAGUAAAGUAAUUUAUUGAUCAUUACCAUUUAGCAAGAUCAAAAGUUGUUGGUUGUCUGGCUGAGGUAAUCCUGCUUCCAUAUAUAUCUCCUAAUGGAAUUUUCUGUCGUCAUUUGUAUUUCCCUAAGGGUGGUUUGUUGUAUUUUAGUGAUGGUUGAAAAGGAGUUAUUGUUAUUCAACCUACAGACAACUGCCACCAUACUGAUAGAUUCCAACCAAGAUCUUUACAAUUCAGCUAUUAGAGCUGUCACUUUUCUUAAAGGAGAGAUUUGCUAAUUUUUAACUUAUCUCAGUCUAUCUGCAUAUAGUAUGAAAAAUGCCCGCAUUUGUUGUAGACAUUCUCUGGGGCACAGCGACAUCGUUUGGCGUUUUUCACACUAUAUGCGGAUAGAUUGAGUUAAGGUUGUAAAUCGGCAAAUCUCUCCUUUUAAAAUUUUAAUUUGAACACCUGCUGGAAUAGAAAACCCACUAAUCUCUGGGAAGUUGAAAGUCCAAUAGUAAAUCUAACUGCACUCCACAUAGUGUUAUAGAUGGAAUAUUUUAAAGCCAUUUUAGCAUGUUUGAACAGUGUUUCAAAUGAAAAAUGUAUUUAUUUUUUGGCACUUGAGUUGGCAGCAGCAGUAUAAUGUAUGAACAUAUAGUCAAAUCUUCUAAAGCCAAAUAUGUCUCACCACUGGAAAAAAAAAUUCUGAAUUUGGCCAAUUACUAAAAUCAACACAAACACACAUGAAGGCAGGUGCACUCUCACAUCACAACUCAUUCAGUGGCCAAUUCGAUAAUAUUUUGGUAUGAAUCGGUUGGUAGAUUCCAGAUGAUAGUGAAGUUUGUUCUGGGUUGAAAAUAGCUGGAAUUAUCCUCUAUGUGUAUCCUCUGAAAUGCACUUUAAACAAUAUUUUUCAUUGUUAAGAGAAAAUAGUUAAGAUUUUACAAUUUGAAAUAUACCAUGUCUUCUAAGAACCCUGUUUUUCUUUUCAUCUCUUAAACUGAAAGUGAAGUUUUAUUGUUAUGUAGCUCGUGUUGGUGUGAGCACGUCUCAAACUACAUUUGACCUGAGGAUUAAUGUCUUUAUUUUUAAUAAAUUUGUGUUAAGACAUGGA